AUGGACACAAUAAAAAGCUCACUCGGGGUGGAGUGGUUAGAUGGUGGAAGUCUUUUAAUAUUUCUGUUUGUUUUCAUAUUGCUGGCUGAUGUUUUGAAGAACAGAGUACCUAAAGACUUUCCCCCUGGACCCUGGGCUCUUCCAUUGAUUGGUCACCUCCAUCGUGUCAGACUCAGCAGGAUCCACCUGCAGUUCACAGAGGUAAGUCCAGGUGGAAGUUGAUAAAUACACAUUACUGUAUUUAGCAAAUAUAGCAGUAAAAUCUUGAAAUAAGGAGAAACAAGACACAGUGGUCAGCAUCAAUCAGGUGAGUUCUGAGCUGUCAUGGUUGAAACUGAACACUUGUCUGUCCUGUUUUUAGUUUGCUGAGAAAUAUGGCAAUAUUUUCAGCCUGCGGCUUUUUGGUGGAAGACUUGUGGUUAUUAAUAGCUACAAACUUCUGAGGGAAGCCCUGGUCCACAGAGGAGAUGACUAUGUUGAUCGUCCCCCCAUACCACUAUUUGAAGAAGUGUCUGGAAACAAGGGUACUCAUUUUGUUAUGGUCUGAUUCAUAGUUAGCGUUAACCCAGGGGGCAUCUUUAGACUUUCUGUGAUUUGAUGCACAGGCAUUGAGCUUUGUAUGAAAUUCUCAUUGCUAAUUUGUUAUGUCCUAUGGUUCUUUGGUGUUUCUAAAAGGUCUGCUGGCAACAAAUGGAAACCUAUGGAAGCAACAGAGGAGAUUCGCCCUUCAUACACUUCGAAACUUUGGUAUUGGCAAGAAGACCCUUGAGCCAUCCAUCCAGCUGGAGUGCCAAUAUCUCACUGAGGCUCUGGCAGCUCAGGAAGGCAAUAAAUUUAUCUUAUUUUCAUGUUUUUUGUGGUUGUUUUUAUGAACAAGCAGUACUCAGAAGUUUGCACUAACACCAUCAUAAACCUUGGACUUUGUGUGUCCCGCCCUGUUUCCAUUUUAUUUUCUGCUUAGAACAUUAAACAUUCAAUGGUAAUCUGUCUGUCAGUGAUUAGCACAGUCAUACAGUAUCUAAUCAGUUUGGCACAGCAGUUUCUUCUUGGGAUAAUUUAUUUAUUACAGUUUUUCCUCAGUCGAUUUGGUGCAUUUCUCAGAUCAGAAUGAAAGAGCUUAUAACUAUUAGUUCAACCUCCACAACAUUGAGUCAUUUGUGCACAUUGUCGUAGCAGUUUCCCAUUCCUCUGAACAAAUUGCAAAUGCUUUUGGACAUGUGUCAGUUACUUUUAUACAAUUCUCUGCUGUUUUAAAACAUGAUCAUUUGCUUAUCAUGUCAGUCAAAAUGAACUAUACGUAUGAAUGCUGUGAUGCCCCUGUAGGUUCACGCUGCUGUGCGAGGUGUGUCUGGUUGGCUUCUCUCUGCACCCUAAUCAGAGCAACUAUGUAUACCUGGGCCCUGGGUGCGGGGAGUAUUUAAGCUCCCACAGUUACUUGCAACUCCCUCUUUUGUUUCUCCUGAUUGCCUUUACAGGUACUUGGUUUGGUUUGGUUUGGUUUGGUUUGGUUUAGUUUGGUUUGGUUUGGUUUGGCUUGUUUUGACUUGUCUUGACUUAGUUUGGUUUAGCUUGGCUUUGGUUGGUUUGGUUUGGUUGGGUUUGGCUUGGGUUAGUUGUAGUUUAUGUUUGCUCGUUACAACACCCUCGCACAUAUACACCUACUUCUACCCAUGCACACCUUACACAAUGCUAAUUUUUACUGAUUAUACAUCUCAUAUCUUACAUUCUAAUUCAGUUCAAUUUGAAUUAAUAAAGAGUUGUUUGGGAGUUUAUAAAUGGUGUGUGUCUUCCUUCUUCUUUUUGUUGUGACCACCUGAGCCAGGUCAUGACAAUGCUGAAUAGUCAUUCCCUAUAGAACUAACAGUCCUCAUUUCAUUGCUUGAGUCAUUACAUACAAAAUUGUUGAACUAGUUAUCAAGAUCUGUCAAGCUGAUUUCAUACAUUCCUUUAUCUUUUUUUUCCUGCAAAUGUCUCCUAAAUUGAACAAUUGCUCUCAGGUGAACCUCAGCUUUCACUCGUGAGGAGGUGUGUGAAGCAUUAGUUACAACCAAUGACAAGCCACUUGUCCACAAUCACUCAGAUUGUUUACAUCUGUGCACAGUUCUACCAAAAUGGUAUUUCUUAUGUUUGUUCUGAAUAAGUGACUGUGCUUUUUUUUUUUCGCACAGUGCUGUAAAAUUGCAAAAAGCAUAUGCAGUAAAUAUGUGAAACACAUGUGUCUUGUACUCAGUUACCUCACUAAAUACAGUAAUAUGUAACUUGACUAUAGUUUUCAAAUGGCUGUACAAGUAGUGUAUAGUGCUGUCUUGAGUAUUUUCAGGUAGAGUCAUCAAGAUCUGACUUUUUUUGCAUUGGAAAACACAGAGAGAGUGAACUGUCAUAAUGAAAACACGACAAAGCCAUUUGACUGUCGCGUUCAUAAACAAUGGUGUCAGGACUAAUUAUUUUAAGAAUAAGAAGAACUUUAUUAAUCUCCGAAGGGGAAUUCAAUUGUCUGUUGUCUCACAUAAUAUGUCUUUAAAAGUGAUCUAUUAUUUACACAAGAGUUAUAAAGCCUGAUGGCUGUUGGUACAAAGGAUCUUCUGAAUCUUUUUUGUCCUGCAGCGAAGAGAGAGGAGCCGUCCACCCCCAUUGGCCCUUUGGUCCAUCAAGGUGUUGUGAAGUGGGUGAUCCAUGUUCUUGAGACUAGUCUCCACCUUCCUCGGUGUAGAUCUAUCCACCACAUCCUCCACUGAGUCCAGUUUGAGUCCUUCCACAGAGCCAGCCCUUUUCACCAGUUUGUUUAGACGUCUUGCAUCUUUGUGUUUGAGAAUGUUUGUGUUUUUGAUAACACAGACAGUUUCAUUGCAAUGAAUACUUGCUUUUGAGGAAUCUACUAUUCAUUUUGAGCAAGUGACGCGCUUUUGCAGGUUAUCCACUAGGUUUUGCAGUUUGUACUAAUUGUUUUGAGAAAUGCACCAACUGUUGUGCAAAUGUUAAUAGUGAUUUGGGAAAUGCACCAAAACGACUGAGAAAAACUGUAAUUCUCUGUCAUCCUAUUUAUCCCACAAAGAUUAUUUGUAUCUCAUUUAUAUUUUUCUUGAUGUUACAGGCCAGCCUCUCAAUGUUAGGAUGCUGCUAAACAAUGCUGUGUCUAACGUCAUCUGCUGCCUGGUGUUUGGGGAACGCUUUGAGUACACUGACAAGAAGUAUCAGAGUAUCCUAAGUGCAUUCAAUGAGGUUACUUACUUACAGGGCACUUUAUCGGCACAGGUGAGUCACCUUUUUUUUUAAAGAAGAUAAACACUGCUACCAAGAAAAGAAAACACCAGGAAAACAGAAUCAUUACGACAAUAAUAAAACAGAUAUUAAAAGCAUUUAAUUGAUACAUGUAAGGACAUAGCUUUUGACAGCCCAGAAUGUGUAUUACAAUGGCUCAAAAGUUACAGGGCAAGCUUUUGCACUGAAGUGUACCACUGCCCAGUGACAUACUUAGCAAAGGAAGAAAAAGAAGCAGCUGUAAUGAUGGUCCCUCAUGGUAACAUUUAUCUUUCUUGAUUAUUAUGCUGUGUCUUAAAACUCUGCAGAUAUUUAACCAAUUCCCUGGACUGAUGAAGUGGUUGCCUGGAGCUCACCAGAGGAUUUUCACUUUGUUACGAGAAGUAAACAAAUUUGUUGAAAUCAAGGUCGAAGAGCACAGAGAAAGCCUUGACCCCUCCUCACCCAGAGACUACAUCGACUGCUUCCUGGCAGAGAUGGGAGAGGUAAUGUUUUUAACUGUUGUGAUGUUUUUUGAAAACACAAACAUACACUGACUUUUGUGUUUUUGAUAGGUGGAGGACAAAGAUAAUGGUUUUGAUAUCGAGAAUCUAUGUGCUUGCACUUUGGACCUCUUUGCUGCUGGAACUGAAACCACUUCCAUGACUUUAUACUGGGGACUGCUUUAUAUGAUCUACUACCCUCACAUACAAGGUGUGUGUGCGUGCGUGCGUGCGUGCGUGCGUGCGUGCGUGUGUGAGUGCAUGCUUGAGACCAAUCUUGACUGUUAAUUUUAAAAGUCUUUGCAUGAUAUUAUAUCCUGUCACAAUACAAUUUCAGUUAAGUAAAUUCAAGUUACAAUGAGGUUAAAAUGAUGGUGUUACCUCAACAGGAUUACAAUAACUGAUGACAAAUAUUCAUUGCUGCUCUUUCUCACUUUCAAAGCCUUUUGGAUUUUUACAAACAGGUUAUAAUACAAGUCAGGCUCCCCUACAACCUCUAAAAUUGAUUCUAAAUGCAGAGAAAACUAAAAUCAUGCUAUUCUCACGUAAGCAUGAGAUAACAGAGCCUUUCCAGACCAUAAAAACAACCAGUGGCAAGCAGAUAGAGCUGGCCACUAGCUAUGUACAAGUACUUGGCUUUCUUCUUGACCAGGAGCUCUCUUUUCAGGCUCACAUUGCCAAUCCGGUCCACAAAUUGAGGGUGAAACUUGAUUUUUAUUACUGACAUGAAUCUUGAUUUCCCUCAGAGCUCGGAAAUAUCUUGUCUCUGCAAUGCUUCUGUCAUUGAUUGAUUAUGGUGAUGUUUUAUAUGAGUGCCUUGGCCCUAAUGGCUUCGAUCACUAGACACUGUUUACCAUUGUGCAUUAUGCUUUGUCACUGGUUGUGGUUGCCUCACGGACCACUGUGAGCUCCACACCAAAGCUGGGUGGCCCUCCUUGAGCUUCCGGGGGUUUUCCCACUGGAUGUUCUUGAUUUAUAAGACUCUUCUUGGUUUACUUCCGCUCUACUUAUGUUCCCUGUUUGCCAAUAAGAGGAAUGCUGAAAGUAUUCUGAUUUUACUAUUUUCUUGAUUUACACAAGAGAAAACUGGGGCAGCAAGUAUCUGACAUAUAAAACACAUAAAUGAAAUCUCUGCUGCAUUACAAUGGCUCACUCAUUGUUUUUUGUGUUCACUUUACAGAGAAAGUCCAGGCUGAGAUAGAUACUGUUGUUGGCUCAUCUAGAGUGCCCUCUAUGAGUGACAGAGAAAACAUGCCUUACACUAACGCAGUCAUCCAUGAAAUCCAGAGAAUGGCCGACAUCCUUCCUCUAAAUGUUACCCGAAUGGCAUCCAGGGACACCACGCUCGACAAGUACACGAUCCCAAAGGUACAUGAUGAUGAGCAAGUCAAAGUCAGCUCAGUUCUCUAAUCAAUAAAACUCAAUGGAAAACAACCAUAAUAGCAAGAAAGGCUUGAUGCACCAUUUUCAUCAAUUUCAUUUCCUCAGGGCACUAUGAUCAUGGCCACCCUGACUUCAGUUCUCCAUGAUGAGUCAGUGUGGGAAACUCCACACUCCUUUAACCCUCAACACUUUCUGGAUUCAGACGGCCAGUUCAGGAAGAGAGAGGCCUUUCUCCCUUUUUCAGCAGGUUAGACAGUUAAUCCAACUCCAUUUAACAAAAGAUUAGGUUGUUUCAGUCUCAGAGCUACAACAGUAUCAUACAUAAAGUGGGUCCUGUAAAAAUUGUGCAAAAACAACUCAUUCGUGUAUUUCAUCUGUGUUUCUUCAGGGAGGCGUGUGUGUAUUGGCGAGCAGCUGGCCAGGAUGGAGUUAUUCCUAUUUUUCACCUCUCUUCUUCAGAGGCUUUCUUUCUCCCCCUGUGAUGGAGAGCAGCCCAGUCUGGAUUUUGUUAUGGGGUUCGGCCGCUGUCCCAAACCGUACCGUCUCUGUGCUGUACCAAGAUGAAUCAACAACUGUGCCAGCUGACCCAAAAUUACAUAAAAUUUAAUUUCCAUGGAAAAUUGGGAUUUUUGUUUUGUGUCCUCAGUAAUCUGUACUGAGUUGCUUUUUAACCUUUUUGAAAAUCAGAAUCAGAAUCUGGUUUUCUAAAUGUUCUCAAAUCUAAAUUUGAGUACAAAUGUGUGUGAAUCAUGAAAGUCAUUGCUGAGAAGUGUCAGUUCAAUGAGUAUACCUGAAUUUUCAGCUCUAUUUAAAAGGUUAUUUUUUAAGGGUUUGAUUGAAAUGAUACUUAUGCUUAACUGAAAGUAUAUUCAUCUUGCACAAUCAAAAUAAAUGAUAAGCUUUCAUUGUAUCAACUAUUAACAUCAUUUUCAAGAAAUCCAAUUUAAUUUAUUCACUUGAAUGAUGGAAUGAUGGAAAAGUCUUACUGCUGUAAUGCUCAUGUUUCACAGCUGUUCAUAUCAUUAGCAAACCAAAGACAAACACCAAAAUGUUCUUAUCCUGUCUCUGGAUGCAAACUUGUUUUCAAAGUCCAGGCCUGCAAACUAGAAGUAUAUCUAAACCCUUAUUACAUUCAAUCAAAUUUGGGUCUACUUGUAUAACUGAAACCCAGGCCAGGCGACAACAGGGUUUGUGAUACAGUUGUUUGUGGAGGAUUAAUAAUAAAAAUAAAACACUGAACCUCAAAUAUGUUGUCAUCAGUUCACAAAUGUAUUUUUGCAGUCAUUAUUGACAAAUGGGGCACAAAAUUAUGUUUAGAAGUUAAAACUUUUGAGUUUUUUUUGUCGUUUAUUCAAGUGUACCCUGAAUAGAUAUAUUUCACUUUGUAGACGUUUGUUAAAAUUUUUGUUACAAUUAUAUUUACAGUUUUCUUUGAUUGAGACUUUUGCCCUAAGACAAAGUUACACUCAUUUCUUUUCCACUUCAUUCAUCCUGUCUGUCUAUUGUUAGUCGGGUGCAAAUAUGACUUGAUCCCAAAAAAAUUCUAACAAAAGGUUUCUCAGCUGUUUUUAUAGUAUUAGAUGUCCUUAAUAACAUACAAAAAGUUUACCAAAGUUUGACCCUUAGAAAGAUGUCAUUUUCAAGAUGGCGUCCAUGAUGGGUAGGAAGCUCAGGGAGACACCCCAGGUGAAAAGGGUAAAAUUUUGAACUAACAAAUAUCACCAUGAAACUUCCCAUGUUUAUCACUUACAGGAAGACAAAUAUUUUCUGUAUUACAGGUUUGUCAGAUGUUAUGUUUGAAUGUGUAAAUGAGGUCAUAUCUAAUUAAAUAGGCACUAAUUUGCAUACAUUUCUAGAACGGAAAACUGAGCAAUGGAUAAAGUUCCUUCAUUGAAAAUUCUUGUUUUAUUUUGUUGACAUACUAGAGUUGGAAGGGGUUGGGGGUGGCGACUUUGGAUGUCUCUUUUUAUCACACUGUCAAUGAGGAAAUACUGUCACCACCCCUAAAAGUUCAAAUAUCACCAUGUGUGUUUUUUAGUUCCUUAAAAUGACAAUUACUGCUUUGCAUUCCUUCUAGAACAGGAAUACUGGUGCCUGAUACAUGUUUUGACCAUGUAAUAUUCUAAUUAGCAUAUCUGUAUGAUAGAUAAGUGAUUACAAGUACAGCUAGUGCCCCACAGGCAGUGUUGCAUGGUGAUCGCCUUGAUUACGUUUUCUCUUUAUGUUACAGGCCAGCCUUGUAACGCCCAGGCGAUCCUGAGCCAGACAAAAUUCUGGAUACUGUAAUCCUGAAGACACAAAAAUAAGGGUUUUGUUGGAAUUUCCAAUGCUGAAAGAUAACCAUUGGGUGGCACAGUGGUGUAGUGGUUAGCACUGUUGCCUCACAACUAGAGGGUCUUGGGUUCGAAUCCCAUUCAGCGCAUUUCUUGUUUUAGGAACAUUAUGAACAGUGAACAUACCAGUUUAAACACAAAUAAACGUUAAUAAAAGACACGUAACAGUAAAAGCUUUAAUGUGAAUCACAAUAUAAGGGGGGACAUGAGCUGCUUGGUAGAGGUCUGCGCUCUGUGAGUGCUUUUCUAGUUUUUGGAUAGUUUUCGUACAGUUCCUGUCAGCUACUGCUGUUUCUUUGACAAUGGGGAGGUUGAUCUUGUGCAAGGCAGUUUUGGGUUAUGAAGGUCUAAUAAGCUCAGUUCUUUCUAAUACAUUGAGUAAUAUUGGCCACAGGUUCAAACUAAAGGACAAAACGGAGUGUGAUGAUAACUAGAUCAUUUAUUGGUUAAGCCAUAUUUUUUCCUGUAAAUUUAUAAAUGAAAGGUUAAAAUGCUCCCAGCACAUAAGGGAAAACACAUUUCUUAGAUAAAGAAUGUGUUGUCCAAUUCAACGCACUUUAGCAUACACCUUGAAAGGGUGUGGUACACGUGUUGUUCCACUAACUCCUUCAUAACUGAGCUCAACACCAUCAGGAACAGAGAAAGAAAACUUCUGGAGUAAACCAACAAAAAACAGAAACAGCUCCAUCUUGGCAAGACUUUCUCCAAGACAUACACGUUUUCCUGAAAUGACAAAUGAUAACUUAUAUUACUUAAAACACUUAAAAUCGUGGAAAAGUUGAAAAAGAAACUUGUAUUCUGGCUUUGAUUGAACUUUAGGUAAAAGUGAUUAACCUGCAGAGAAAGGCAGGAAAGCGUCUCUCUUCACAAACUUUCCCUCAGAGUUGAGGAAGUGUCCAGGGUUAAAGCUGUCUGGAGUCUCCCAUUCAUUCUUGUCAAACAGAACAGAGGUCAGAACAGGCAUCAGAGUUGUACCCUGAAAAACAAGAUUGAGGGGUUAACAUUGCUGAUACUUCAAGCAAUAUUAUUACUAUAUUUCAGAUGCUCCAGCUAAUGAAAAGACCUACCUUAGGGAUGAAGUAACCACCCAGUGUUGUGUCCUUGGCAGCCACUCUGGGUCCAUUAAGAGGAACAAUAUUUCCAUAUCUCUGGAUCUCAUGGAUGACAGCAUCAGUGUAGGGCAGGUUUGAUCUGUCAGCCAUGGUGGGCGGGCGGCUCUGUCCAAUCACUGUGUCAAUCUCUGCCUGAACCUUGGCUAGAAAACAAUAAAAGUGAGGGAAAUAAACUUUAGGGGAUCGGGAUCAAAAAUCAAAAUGACAUUUCUAAACUGAAAGAUACCUGACUAUUUUCCUGUAACAGAAUCACCAUGAAUAUCUGUAGUCUUACCAAUUCUUGGUACUAAUUGGUACUUGGUACUAACAGUUGAACUGAAGUUUGCUGUAGCCUAAAUAGGCAAAUGCAUCAAGGCACUGUUGUCACACUGGAUUUUUUUUAUUCCUCUUCUGGACAAAAUUUGAUUCACCACUAGUCCUACAGCUUGAAGAGUUGUAGGACAAAUUAUAUUUCAAAACGUGAUCAUGAUCUGCUAUAACUUUUCUUUAUUGUAUAUGUAUAUGAAUAACUGUGGAAAAAAAUUGCAUUAAAGUUAAUAGGACAAAAAAAACAAGAGCAAUUGUUGGGGUUUUCAAAUAUCUAUUACUCCAACAUACUUUCACCUAGAGACUAUAUUCCAACUUUAAAAUGUAGACAUAAAUCUUGUCUAAUGGUGCAUGAAUCCAUGUUUCACUAUGUAUUGUAGGCUUUGAUCCCUCACUGUUCAAUGACCAUGAACUUUUUUGGAGUACCUUUGAGAUUAUAAUGGAUGUGUAUUGCGUGGAAUCUUUGUGCCAGAGUGAGUGACAUCAUCGGCUAGAAUGGAAGAAGUUGCAUCAAACUGUCUGGAAUUUUUCUCUUUCCAUGCUCCUCCUAGCAACAAAUUACAAUGUACAUACUUUUUUUUUCUUUUAACGGUUGUGGACACACUUAUUUUGUCUCUAAUGAUGUGUUAAUCUAAGCAGCGAGACUUACAGAAUCAAAACACUGAGCAAGAGGAGGAACUUCUUAUGAAAAUCUAAUAAUAUCAAAUAUUAUAGCUAAGCAUUUCAAAGCCUUUUUUAUGACUGUUGUCUUGUUUUCUUGUUGUUUUUCAGUUAGACAGCUGAAGGUACUUGAGUCUCACCUACCCUGGAUAUCGGGGUUGUUGAUGAGGAAAACCAAAGCCCACAGCAAAGUGGUGGCAGUCGUUUCUGUUCCAGCCAGGAACAGGUCUAUAGAGCAUGCAGCUAAAUUGCUCUCAGUGAAACCCACAUUGGUCUCUUUGUGCUGAUAAGAAAUGCAGAAAAGACAAAAGAGUCAAGGAGUGCAACUGAGGAGUAGGGCUAUAAUGUGUGAUUCAGUGCAGUGAGUGUGGAGUGCAUUUCCUCACUUACUUUUUCCAUUUCAAUGAUGAAAGUAUCAAUGUAGUCCCGAGGAUUGUUGCAGUCAAGGUCUAUUUUGUGCCUCUGUACCUCCUGGCUGAUGAAUUCUCGAAUAGUGUCAAAGAGGCUGAACAUUUUAUUGUGAGGACCUGGCAAAUGCUUCAUCACUGCAGGGAAUGAUUCAUAUAACUACAAGAAAACAGAUGAGAAAAACUCUCACUACCAUUAUAGCUCACUUUAUCUGAUAACACAUGGGCCUCUAAUUGGGUCAAAAGUACUGACUGUCUUUGUACCACCAAAAUGCUGUGAUAAUAUUGACCCACCCAAGCCCAUACAGAUCCCUCCAGCAUAAUUAGCUCUGACAGACAUUUCAGCAUGUGUUGGAAGUUGUGGUCACUAUAGUCAAACCUCUUCCCCAUAACCAGUUUGCAAAUGAUGUUGGACACAGCUUUGUUGAAAACACUUGCUGUGUCAAAGGCUUCGCCUGCAGGAAAGAAAUCCACCUUUAGAUGCUGUACUGCUGCAUAACUGAUGCUGCUGAUGAUGUACAAGUGUUGAACUUGUGGACCACCUUUUUCAUUCUCUAUCUCCUCCUGCAGAUGUCUGAUCUCCUCACAGAUACUCUGCUCCAUGGUGUUCUUGCCAAAGCCAAAACUACGUAACGUUGACAAAGCAAAGCGCCGCUGUCUCUUCCAUGUUUCACCGUUGCUCAUGAACAGACCACCUAGACAAAUACAUUCAGAUAAAAUGUAAUUGCUCAGCUUAAUCAUUGUUCAUUUACCAUAAAAAAGGACAUGAUGGAGAUUUGUAAACCUGAGGCAUCCGACUGGAGUCUUUUCUCGACUGGACUAUCUGGUCGAUCCACAAAGUUCUCAGCUUGUGUUAUGAUGGCUUCCUUCACCGCCUUGUACCCGGACACUACCACCAUCUUGUCACUGCCAAAGCGGACGCUGAACACAUUCCCCAAAAUGUCAGCCAGCUGCACAUAAUACACCAAUGAAUAAAAACUUAUGGACCACACACAACACUUGAAAUGUAAACAUUUUUAACAUGUCAAGAAAAAUAAACAUAGAGGAACACAUGUUGUUCCUGGGGAACAAUGUCAAUGCUAGCUGGUCAAGCAUUCAUAAAGCAACCAAGCAGUUUUCUUACAGUUAACUUUGAGCCAUUCAUUUUACACAACAUGUAAGACAACAAAAAAACCUUUACCUUGGAGAAAUAUUUUUCUGGAUGUUUACUGUCCAUACUGAGGAUAUUCCCCACUACUGGCAAAGCCCAUGGUCCUGGAGGAUAAUUAGGAGGAUUACGGUUUUUGAGGUAGUCUGCUAUUAUGAUGAAAAUAAAAAGGAACAGGAAUAGCCCCUUGAGGUCUAAGCCCAGUAAAAAAGUAGAGAGCCACAUUGUUACAGAGAAAACAGCAGCAGGAGGAAACUGUUCUUCCUAAUUUGAGGCACUAACUUAUUAGAGCUUUGUAAGACUUCUAAGAUUCUACGCUGUCAUGGUCCUCUCACCCAGAGAUUGUACAGUACUGUCAUAACAGGUUAGAUGACUGAAAUCCAGUCAGAGUCUGUACAAAGGUGCAUGAGACAGUGUAGUUGCAUAACAUGGGAAGCACAGAAAGAAACAUACACACCUACUUUCCCUUGACAAACAUGACCUUUGUCAUGUUGCGUGUAAUACACUCAGUUUUUAUAAAAGGGAUUAUCAGUACUGAACACAAAAAUGAAAUAGCAAUCAAUCAGCCAUCAGUGACAGCAACCUCUGCUCAGCAUUAUGUAACUGCAUCACAAGGAAGAAUCUCAACUGCAUAUCAGGGACCUUUGACUUUGAUUAGAUGUCCAUGUAAACAGAAUAGAGCUAAAUAUACAAAGUGCACUGUGAAUAAAAGGUAUCUCACUGAUCCAAUGUGCACUUGGAAAUCAAGGUCAAAAGUAAAGGCAGUGGCCAACAGCCUUUCCACAGCUUUUGAUUGUCAAAUAAUGGUUUUGAUUUCAGUAUCAACAGUAGUUUAUUUUUUUAUAGUUCAUUUUUCUCUGGUGCACAAGAUCUUGAAAAAGGGAGGUUUUCCAAAUUUAGCUGAGGGCAAAUGAAUCUGUUUUUGAAAGCCUUAAAUGCUUUCAGUGUGCUAUGCCAUCCAUAGAGGUUAAUAUUGUGCUGUUUGAAUUAAGAUUUAAAAUAUGUGAAAGCCUCAUUAGCUUCAUUAGUCAGCAAUAUACAGUAAUGUGUCUGACCUCAGGAUUAUCUAUGAAGCCACUUCAUCUGUGUUGAUAACUUUUCUUAUAUUGCGACAUGAAUGUCUUUGAAAUGCUGGAUUACAAUUAAAAUCUCUGAACAUCAACUUUUACCCUAUGAUGUGAAUCAGAAUUUAUAACAUAAUAAAUGUAGACCUUUAAUUUUUUACAUUUUUGUCUCAACUGAACUAAUUCACCAUUAGCUCAAUCUGUAUUUUUGUUUUAUAGUUUAAACAUUUAUUGAAUGUUGUAAGUGACUGAACAAAGUCUCUACACCUGUCACAUUCAUGUGGAUGUAGAAGAAAGUAGGUUUAAAUAGAAGUACAGCACAAGUACCCCAAAAAGAGCUUAAGUACAAUACAUGACAAAUGCAGUGUACUCCCCACUGAAGAUAUGAAGGCAAGUUUCUAUUCUGCCAGCAGAUGGCGUUAUUUUCAAAUACACAACAAAAUCAAAGUCACAGAGUUCACAAGAGUUACAAACAGCCUUAUGAGCUUCUCUUUGAAUGUGUGGUGUUAUGAAGUAACCUUUUACUUUACGACAGAUUUGUUGACUUGUACACUUUCAAGAAGAAGAAAUAGACUGUUGCUAUGGAAAGCUGCUGUCUACUUAAUACAGCCAUGUAAUAACCUACUGUUAUAACUGCAUCAUAACAUAGUGUCCUGUACAGAAAACAGCUCAGAUGUUUGCAGAGCUGUAAAUGUGGUUUUGCCAAGCUGGGGUUCUAAUGGGGUCUUUGUGGACUGAAGGGCUUUUGGAGCCAGUCUUCAGUUAAGGAAUUGCCGUAGUUAGAGCUCAGUCACUUAUCAUUUUUUUUGGCCAUGAAGGUUUCCACUUGACACAGCAAAUUUACUUCUAGUUUAACAUGUUUUAAUGAAUGCAUCAGAUUUUAUAUAGCACUUUAUCAGAGACCUUCAAAGCGCUUUAUAUCGGAUACAUCAUUCAUAUGCCCACACAGUCAUACCCUGGUGGUGGUGGUAAACCACUGUAGUACUCACAGCUGCAAGUUCGCGGCUACGGCCUCUCUGACUACCACCACACAACACUCACACUCAUACACCAGUGGAGGACACAAACUGGGAGCAAGAUGGGUUAAGUGUCUUGCCCAAGGACACAACGGACAAACUUGGGAUAGGGGGCAAUCGAACGAACAGACUCAGGAUAGGGGGGAAUCAAACCGCCAACCUUACGGUUAUUGGACGACUGUUCUACCUCCUGAGCUUCUGCCGCCCCUUAACAGCUCUCUUUCCAUUUUACUGAUGGAGAAUGAACUUUGGAGUUUGUAAACAUUUGGCAGUUUUCUUUUUUUUUAUAUGGUUUUCUUAUCAUUUCAAAGUAAACAAUACAGAACAGGAAGUUGUAUCUUGCAUCCACUCCACUCCACGUCACAAAGUCAUCCAUUGAUUGUUCAUAUCAUCCUGAAACAUCAAGACAGAGAGUCCAUUAAAGCAAUGGUUCAACAUUAUUGACCACACCACACAUCAGCUAACUGUUAGCUUGCUACAUUUGAGGCAAUGUACUUUAUGCUGCUAAUGUUGGCUAACCUUUAGCUUGCUCACCUACCAAUCGAUUCCUGUAGGCAGAAGAUGGUACACAACAGUACUUCACAAACUUGCAUCUUAAAAACAAAAUGAGGGCCUAUAUAAUAAUAUCAAGUCAUCUUUAUGGUAAAGCAAUAGUGGACGGUAACAAACCUUGCUUUGUUCAUCUCCUCACUUUAGCAACUGCCAAAUGUGGCAUCAAUCUGGUGAGUGGAUGGUGCCUGAACGUCUACCCAAUGUGUUGGGUAGUCCACAAUAAACCAACAAAAAUGUUUAGAAAUUAUAACCCAACAUCUAAUAACUCUGUUCCCAACGUAAAUAACCUUACGAAUAGGUUUCUCAGAAUACCCAACUCCAUGAAAAUAACCCAAAUAAACUGAUCAACAGGCUCAACCUAGUGGUUCGGUUGAAAAAACAACCCAGCAUUGUGUGUGUGUGUGUGUGUGUGUGUGUGUGUGUGUGUGUGUGUGUGUGUGUGUGUGUGUGUGUGUGUGUGUAUAAACAAUGGCACUGGCAGACUGCUCAUUCAGUCCCCUGCUAUCUCUUCAGGAAGGCUACAGUGUCCCCUAGACUGGACCUUUUACACGCAUAGUAUUUCUCCGCUGUGGAUCUGUCACUCUUAUUUAGACACAUAAUCGAUCUCUAAAAAGUACGCUGUAUGCUCACUUCAAUUGUGCUUUUAUUUUGAAAGUAAUGCAGUCAAAUCGGAUACGUUAACUUAAUAUUAAACUGACCCGUUACGCUCCACCACCCCUUUUUAAUGACCAAAGUCCACGGACUUGGUUCUCUUCAGUCUUAGUAAACACUGCGACACAAACGGACUGGCACCUAUGACACAAUGGACACAAUAAAAAGUUCACUCGGGGUGGAGUGGUUAGAUGGUGGAAGUCUUUUAAUAUUUCUGUUUGUUUUCAUAUUGUUGGCUGAUGUUUUGAAGAACAGAGUGCCUAAAGACUUUCCCCCUGGACCCUGGGCUCUUCCAUUAAUUGGUCACCUCCAUCUUAUCAAAGUCAGCAGGAUCCACCUGCAGUUUACAGAGGUAAGUCCAGGUGGAACAGGCAUUAGUCAAUCAGAUCCGUUCAGUUCACCAUAUCAAAGAAUUUUAAUGAAAACAAAUCUUAUGCAGAUAGUCAUCUAUCUAUCUAUCUAUCUAUCUAUCUAUCUAUCUAGCUAGCUAGCUAGCUUCUUAUUGUAAAGUACUAUCAAUUGUCCUUGAAAUUGUUAGUGGGCUAAAUACUUUGUAAUAUUUCAACAUAAAAAAGAACUUCUCCUGUUGCAGAUACUGGAUAAUGUUACUUUGUUAGUAGUAGACAGCAGGAAGUUGAUAAAUACACAUAUUACUGUAUUUAGCAAAUAUAGCAGUAAAAUCCUGAAAUAAGGAGAAACAAGACACAGUGGUCAGCAUCAGCCAGGUGAGUUUGACGUUGUCAUGGUUGAACCUGAACACUUGUCUGUCCUGUUUUCAGUUUGCUGAGAAAUAUGGCAAUAUUUUCAGCCUGCGGCUUUUUGGUGGAAGACUUGUGGUUAUUAAUAGCUACAAACUUCUGAGGGAAGCCCUGGUCCACAGAGGAGAUGACUAUGUUGAUCGUCCCCCCAUACCACUGUUUGAAGCAUUGACUGGAAACAAGGGUACUCAUUUCGUUGAAGUCUGAUUCAUAGUUGCCGUUAACCCAGGGGGCAUCUUUAGACUUCCUGUGAUUUGAUGCACAGCCAUUGAGCUUUGUAUAAAAUCUCAUGGCUAAUUUGUUAUGUCCUAUGGUUCUUUGGUGUUUCUAAAAGGUCUGGUUUUAUCAAAUGGAAACCUAUGGAAGCACCAGAGGAGAUUUGCCCUUCAUACGCUUCGAAACUUUGGUAUUGGCAAGAAGACCCUGGAGCCAUCCAUCCAGCUGGAGUGCCAAUAUCUCACUGAGGCUCUGGCAGCUCAGGAAGGCAAUAAAUUUAUCUUGUUUUCAUGUAUUUUGUGGUUUUAUUUUUAUUAACAAGCAGUAAAUACUCAACGACUUAGAAGUUUGCACUAACGCCAUCAUAAACCUUGGACCGUGACAUUCAAUGGUAAUCUGUCGGUCAGUGAUUAACACAAUCAUACAGUAUGUAAUCAGAUUGGCACAGCAGUUUCUUCUUGGGAUAAUUUAUUCAUUAAUUCUCUGUCAUCCUUUUUAUCCCUCAAAGAUUAUUUGUAUCUCAUUUAUAUUUUUCUUGAUGUUACAGGCCAGCCUCUCGAUGUUAAGAUGCUGCUAAACAAUGCUGUGUCUAACGUCAUCUGCUGCCUGGUGUUUGGGGAACGCUUUGAGUACACUGACAAGAAGUACCAGGGUAUCCUACGUGCCUUCAAUGAGAUUAUUUACUUACAGGGCACUUUAUCGGCACAGGUGGGUCUCUCUUUUUUUUAAGAAAAUGAACACUGUUACCAAGAAAAGAAAACACCAGGAAAACAGAAUAAUUAUGAUAAUGAUAAAACAAAUAUUCAAACCAAUCAACUGGCUCAAGUAGGGAUAUUGCUUUUGACAGCCCAGAAUGUGCAUUACAAUGGCUCAAAAGUUACAGGGCAAGCUUUUGCACUGAAGUGUACCACUGCCCAGUGACAUACUUAGCAAAGGAAGAAAAAGAAGCAGCCAUAAUGAUGGUCCCUCAUGGUAACAUUUAUCCAAAGUGUUUGUGUUUUCUUGAUUAUUAUGCUGUGUCUUAAAACUCUGCAGAUAUAUAACCAAUUCCCUGGGCUGAUGAAGUGGCUGCCUGGAGCUCACCAGAGGAUUUUCACUUUGUUUCGAGAAGUAUCCAAAUUUGUUGAAAUCAAGAUCAAAGAGCACAGAGAAAACUUUAGCCCCUCCUCACCCAGAGACUACAUGGACUGUUUCCUGGCAGAGAUGGGAGAGGUAAUGUUUUUAACUGUUGUGAUGUUUUUUGAAUACACAAACAUAUACUGACUUUUGUGUUUUUGGUAGGUGGAGGACAAAGAUAAUGGUUUUGAUAUCGAGAAUCUAUGUGCUUGCACUUUGGACCUCUUUGGUGCUGGAACUGAAACCACUUCCACGACUUUAUACUGGGGACUGCUUUAUAUGAUCUACUACCCUCACAUACAAGGUGUGUGUGUGUGUGUGUGUGUGUGUGUGUGUGUGUGUGUGUGUGUGUGUGUGUGUGUGUGUGUGUGUGUGUGUGUGUGUGUGUGUGACACAGAUGACAGUUAUUCAUUGCUGCACUUUCUCACUUUUCAAGGCUUUAGAUUUUUACAAACAGGUUAAAAUACAAGUCAGGCUCCCCUACAAAUGCAGAGAAAACUAAAAUCAUGCUAUUCUCGCAUAAGCAUGAGAUAACAGAGCCUUUCCAGGCCAUAAAAACAACCAGUGGCAAGCAGAUAGAGCUGGUCAUCAGCUAUGUACAAGUACUUGGCUUUCAGCUUGACCAGGAGUUCUCUUUCCAGGCUCACAUUGCCAAUCUGGUCCACAAAUUGAGGGUGAAACUUGGUUUUUAUUACUGACAUGAAUCUUGAGUUCCCUCAGAGCUCGGAAAUAUCUUGUCUCUGGCAAGCAGAUAGAGCUGGUUACCUGCUACAAGUACAAAAUCAAUUCCAUUAAAGUUGGGAAUUUGUGAUAAAUGUGAAUAAAAACAAAAUACAAUGAUUUGCAAAUCCUUUUCAACCUAUACUUAAUUGAGUACACUACAAAGAAAAGAUAUUUAAUGUUCAAACUCAUAAACUUUAUUUUUUUUGCAAAUAAUAAUUAACUCAGAAACACAUGCCAAAGUAGCUGGGACAGGGGCAUGUUUACCACUGUGUUACAUCACCUUUCCUUUUAACAACACUCAAUAAACGUUUGGGAACUGAGGAGACUAAUUGUUGAAGCUUUGAAGGUGGAAUUCUUUCCCAUUCUUGCUUGAUGUACAGCUUCAGUUGUUCAACAGUCCAGGGUCUACGUUGCCGUAUUUUACGCUUCAUAAUGCGCCACACAUUUUCAAUGGGAGACAGGUCUGGACUGCAGGCAGGCCAGUCGAGUACCCACACUCUUUUACUUCAAAGCCACGCUAUUGUAACACGUGCAGAAUGUGGCUUUGCAUUGUCUUGCUGAAAUAAGCAGGGGCGUCCAUGAAAAAGAUGUUGCUUGGAUGGCAGCAUAUGUUGCUCAAAAACCUGUAUGUACCUUUCAGCAUUAAUGUUGCCUUCACAGAUGUGUAAGUUACCCAUGCCUUGGGCGCUGAUGCACCCCCAUACCAUCACAGUUGCUGGCUUUUGAACUUUGCGUCGAUGACAGUCCGGAUGGUUCUUUUCCUCUUUGGCCCGUGCCGCUAACGUGCAGUGAUUUCUCCAGAUUCUCUAAACCUUUUGAUGAUAUUAUGGACCGUAGAUGUUGACAUCCCUAAAUUCCUUGCAAUUGUACCUUAAGAAACGUUGUUCUUAAACUUCUUUAACAACUAUUUGCUCACGCAGUUGUUCACAAAGUGGUGAACCCGCCCCAUCCUUGCUUGUGAAUGACAGAGAAUUUUUGGGGAAGCUGCUUUUAUACCAAAUCAUGGCACCCACCUGUUCCCAAUUAGCCUGCUCACCUGUGGGAUGUUCCAAAUAGGUGUUUGAUGAGCAUUCCUCAAAUUUCUCAGUAUUUUUUUCCACCUUUCUCAACAACUUUGUCAAGUUUUGCAGCCAUGAAAUUCUGAGUUAAUUACUAUUUGCAAAAAAAAUAAAGUUUAUGAGUUUGAACAUUAAAUAUCUUGUCUUUGUAGUUUAUUUAAUUGAAUAUAGGUUGAAAAGGAUUUGCAGAUCAUCGUAUUCUGUUUUUAUUUAUGUUUAUCACAAUUUCCCAACUUCAAUGGAAUUGGGUUUUGUACUUUGGCUUUCUUCUUGACCAGGAGCUCUCUUUCCAGGCUCACAUUGCCAAUCUGGGCCACAAUGGAUGUCUUUGAUCACUAGACACUGUUUACCAUUGUGCGUUAUGCUUUGUCACUGGUUGUGGUUGCCUCACGGACCACUGUGAGCUCCAUGCCAAAGCUGGGUGGCCCUCCUUGAGCUCCCGGGGGUUUUCCCACUGGAUGUUCUUGAUUUAUAAGACUCUUCUUGGUUUACUUUCAUUCUACUUAUGUUCCCUGUUUGCCAAUAAGAGGAAUGCUGAAGGUAUUCUGAUUUUACUAUUUUCUUGAUUUACACAAGAGAAAACUGGGGCAGCAAGUAUCUGAAAGAUAAAACACAUAAAUGAAAUCUCUGCUGCAUUACAAUGACUCACAUUGUUUUUUGUGUUCACUUUACAGAGAAAGUCCAGGCUGAGAUAGAUACUGUUGUUGGCUCAUCUAGAGUGCCCUCUAUGAGUGACAGAGAAAACAUGCCUUACACUAACGCAGUCAUCCAUGAAAUCCAGAGAAUGGCCAACAUCAUUCCUCUAAAUGUCGCCCGAAUGGCAUCCAGGGACACCACACUUGACAAGUACACGAUCCCAAAGGUACAUGAUGAUGAUGAGCAAGUCAAAGUCAGCUCAGUUCUCUAAUCAAUAAAACUCAAUGGAAAACAACCAUAGCAGAGGUGGGGGAAAGUCCCUAUGUUGCAAGUCCAAGUCGAGUCUCAAGUCUUUGCUCUCAAGUCCCAAGUCAAGUCCAAGUCCGGAACUUUUUGUUUCGAGUCCCAAUCAAGUCCUUACCAUUUCUUUCAAGUCAAAAACAAGUCAUAUCAAAGCCAUAAACCAUUUGUUUUAUGUAAAGAUUUACAUAAAUCAUGAGCAUUUUUCACUAUUUGCAUUUAUUAUUAAACAAGGGUUCUUGUUUGUGUUAAGUUACAUGGUGCAGUUUUAACCAAACUAUUUAACAUGUCAUACAAAAAAUAAUCAGAUAAACUUCAAUAAUUGGAAACUUUGACAAUGUGCACAAAAAUAAGGAAGACUAAAAUACAAUUAAAUAUUAAACUGAUACUCUAAUUCACUGUUCCAAAACAAAACAAAAGAGAGACACAAGGCAACACAUGGAAACAGGCAGGCAAUACUAGCGAGCGAUUUAUGUUCAGUGUUGUCGUUAUGAGGGAGUCUAGAGUUUGAGACAGUGUUGCCAAGUUUCGUGAGAGAAAUAAGGAAACAGACCUCCAGAAACAAGCCAAAAACAAGCAAAUUUUUUUUGCGGGAAAUAAGCAGACUUGGCAACACAACACGGUGUUACCAACGGCCAUAAUUCAUGACUAUUAGUUGAUGCGACACUUUUUAAAUGGUUUGGGCUUGCUGUAAGGUAUUAAGUGACUUGAAAAGACUUGACUUGACUUUUCAAGUCACUGGGCUCAAGUCAAGUCAAGUCUCAAGUCUUUAGCAAUCAAGUCCCAAGCGAGUCCAAGUCAUUUCUUGAUUUCAUCAAGCAAGUCAAAAACGGAACUCAAGUCCAAGUCGAGUCUCAAGUCGAGUCGUCAAGCCCCCACUUCUGAACCAUAGCAGCGAAAAUGGCUUAAUGCACUAUUUUUUUUAUCAAUUUCAUUUCCUCAGGGCACUAUGGUCAUGGCCACCCUGACUUCAGUUCUCCAUGAUGAGUCAGUGUGGGAAACUCCACACUCCUUUAACCCUCAACAUUUUCUGGAUUCAGACGGCCAGUUCAGGAAGAGAGAGGCCUUUCUCCCUUUUUCAGCAGGUUAGACAGACAAUACAACUCCAUUUAACAAAAGAUUGGGUUGUUUCAGUCUCAGAGCUACAACAGUAUCAUAUGUUAAGUGGGUCCUGUAAGAAUUGUGCAAAAACAACUUAUCUGUGUAUUUCAUCUGUGUUUCCUCAGGGAGGCGUGUGUGUCUUGGGGAGCAGCUCGCUAGGAUGGAGUUAUUCCUAUUUUUCACCUCUCUUCUUCAGAGGCUUUCUUUCUCCCCCUGUGAUGGAGAGCAGCCCAGUCUGGAUUUUGUUUUGGGGUUCAGCCGCGGUCCCAAACCGUACCGUCUCUGUGCUGUGCCAAGAUGAAUCAACAACUGUCCCAACUGACCUAAAAUUACAAACAUGUGUCCUCAGCAAUCUGUACUGAGUUGCUUUUUAACCUUCUUGAAAAGCAGCAUCAGAAUCUGGUUUUCUGAAUGUUCUUAAAUCUAAAUUUGAGUUUAAAUGUGUCUGAAUCCUAAAAGUCUUUGUUUAACCCAGCCUCAUUGCUGAGAAGUGUCAGUUCACAGUAAGCAAUGAAUAUACCUGAGUUUUGAGCUCUGUUUGAAAGGUUAUUUUUAAGUAUUUGAUUGAAAUGAUAGUUAUGCUUAACUGAAAGUAUAUUCAUUUUGCAAGAUCAAAAUAAAUGACAAGCUUUUAUUGUAUCAACUAUUAACAUAAUUUUCAAGAAUUCUAAUUUAAUUUAUCCACUUAAAUGAUGUAAUGAUGGAAAAGUCUUACUGCUGUAGUGCUCAUGUUUCACAGCUGUUCAUAUCAUUAGCAAACCAAAGACAAACACCAAAAUGUUCUUAUCCUGUCUCUGGAUGUAAAUUUGCUUUUAAAGUCCAGGCCUGCAAACUAGAAGUAUAUCUAAAUCCUUAUUACAUUCAAUCAAACUUGGGUCUACUUGUAUAACUGAACCCCAGUCCAGACGACAACAGGGUUUGUGAUACAGUUGUUUGUGGAGGAUUAAUAAUAAAAAUAAAACACUGAAUAGAUGUAUUCCUCUUUGUUAUAUUUACAGUUCUCAUUGAUUGAGACUUUUGCCCUGGGACAAAGUUACACUAAUUUCUUUUCCACUUCAUUCAUCCUGUCUGCCUUUUGUCAGCACAAUACCACUGUAAGUGAUCUGUUUAACCCGACACUCCAACAUUCAGUCCACCUUUUGUCAUCUGCUCUUGUUUUGUGUAUGUUUUUAUAUAAGGGUAUAGCUGAAUUAUUUGAUUAAGAUGAACGAUGAUGGAGUAAAAUAACUCCAAUAGCCGUGGUAUUUGUGUCUCAGAGCCGCACAUGCAAGGCGUACACCACAGUCAAUCCCCCAGCACAUACUUGUCCUCGUUUGCACUGUGCUUUUGUUUUGAAGGGUACGACCAUAAACCGGAAAAUUUACCAAAUAUGGAUAGAAGGCCGAACCCUGUGUUGUCGUUGCGCAGUUAAUACUCGAGGUAGCUCAAGUAAACUUACAAAUCAUGGAAACAAUGAAAAGUUUACUCGGAAUUGAGUGGAUGGACGGUGUGAGUAUUUUGAUUUUCCUGUGUAUUUUUGCGUUGUUGAGCGAUGUUUUGAGGAACAGAGUCCCGACAAACUUUCCUCCCGGACCGUGGGCUCUGCCUAUCACCGGGACCUUCAUCGUAUCGAGCCCAGGAGGCUCCACCUGCAGUUCACUGAGGUAAUCCAAGACAGAUAGACAUGAUCAAAUCCAGUCAUUCACAUCAAGUGUAGAGUGUGAGUAUUUGGUUUGACACAGCCUACUCUCUGUAUAACUAUGCUGAAUGAACGUAUUGUAGGCUACAUGAGGGUGCUGCGAAAUAAGGAGCCUGGGCAAAUAUCCAAAUGCUUGGAUUUGGAUGUUUACACUCAUUCUAUUGGUUUGCAGGGAUGAACAACAUCUUGAAAUAUAUGUAGAUUCACUAGUUAGAGACAAAACUAUGAUUGUCUUGAUGUAGUGAUCUGAAAUAUGAAAAAUGGCUCAUCUUACCCCAGUCUCUCAGUCCCUACAUGUGGUUGGCAACUGAAUCUGCUUCCUUUUAUUUCUUUCAACCAUUGUGCUUUAGCUUUAUGCUGUCCACAGAUUACUAGAAUUUACCUUUCUCCUGGGGUCAGAAGUUUUAUAAAGGUCCAUUUACUGAGAAGUUCAGAAGUAUUUUUGUUUAUGCAUUAUUUACAUAUACUGUGUCGAGACAUUCAUCAAAGUUGUCAAGUGGAUAAGGCAGAAAAGAGAUACAUCACUGAGUAAAGUAAGAACAGUCAAAUCUAGAGAGAAUUACUGCAUUGUGGAUGGAUUUUUUUAUUCUUUGUUAUCUUAAGAAGAAACUAAAUCCCAGUUUGAUCAAAAGCACUCUGUAUGCAGUUUGCAGAGAAAUAUGGAAAAAUAUUCGGCAUCCGGCUCUUUGGUGGAAGGAUUGUAGUCAUUAAUGGCUACAAACCUUUGAGGGAGGCCCUGGUGGAAAGAGGAGAGGACUACAUAGAUCGCCCCACAUUACCACUUUUUGUAGAAGCGGCUGGGAAUAAAGGUAGGGUUUUGCAUCCUAUGAGUUGUUGGUACUACCUGAUGAUUAGCUACCUCCAGCCUAACCCUGUAUGGUUCUCUAAAAGGUCUGGUGUUAUCAAAUGGAAACCCAUGGAAGCAACAGAGGAGAUUUGCCCUUCACACGCUUCGAAACUUUGGUGUGGGCAAGAAGACCCUGGAGCCAUCCAUCCAGCUGGAGUGCCAAUAUCUCACUGAGGCGUUUGCAGCUCAGGAAGGCACUAAACAUCUCUCGCUUUUAAGCAGCUACUCACAGUCUUAACACCAAAAUAGUUAAUCUGACAGUAGACUUUCUAUGACAACACUUUGAACAGUAUUCUCUACAGAAACAGACAUUGUCCCUUUGACACAGAAGAAUGCACAGACACCAUGAAGAAGUGGUCUAUAAUUCACUUUAAAUUAUGCACAUAAGACUCAGUUUCAGUGCGUCUUAAUCUCAAAGACCACACCUGGUUUUCUCUGUUUAUCAGUGAUUUAAUUAUAUAAAGCAUAUCACCUUAACUGCAUUUUCUCUUUAUGUUACAGGCCAGCCUUUUAACGCCCAGGCGUUAAUAAACAAUGCUGUGUCCAACAUAAUCUGCUGCCUGGUGUUUGGAGAUCGCUUUGAGUACACUGACAAGCAUUACCAGAGUAUCCUUCAAGACUUCAAUGAGAUUGUUUACUUAGAGGGAAGUUUAGGUGUCCAGGUGAGCUUCAUUAGUCAGCAAUAUACAGUAAUGUGUCCGACCUUAGGAUUAUCUAUGAAGCUACUACACCUGUGUUGAUAACUUUUCUUAUAUUGCUACAUGAACAGCAUAGAAAUGCUGGAUUACAAUUAAAAUCCCUGAACAUCAACUUUUACCCUAUGAUAUGAAUCAUAAUUUAUAACAUAAUAAAUGUAGACCUUUAUUGGAUGUUGUUUUUUUAAUUUUUGUCUCAACUGAACUAUUUCACCACUAGCGUUAUCUGUAUUUUUGUUUUAUAGUUUAAACAUUUAUUGAAUGUUGUUAGUGACUGAAUAAAGUCCCUACACCUGUCACAUUCAUGUGGAUAUAGAAGAAAUUAGAUUUAAAUAGAAGUACAGCACAAGUACCCCAAAAAGAGCUUAAGUACAGUACAUGACACAUGCAGUGUACUCCCCACUGAAGAUAUGAAGGCAAGUUUCUAUUCUGCCAGCAGAUGGCGUUAUUUUCAAUGCACAUCUAAACGGAAGUCACAGAGUUCACAAGAGUUACAAACAGCCUUAUGAGCUUCUCUUUGAAUGUUUGAUGUUAUGAGAUAACCUUUUACUGUAUGACAGAUUUGUUGACUCGUACACUUUUCCAUUUCAGACACUCUAAUGUGUCAAAGACAGAAACCACUCAUUUUGCUUUUAACAUGAGCAGUUGCUGUUCUACUACGCCUGAAUGCACCGAAAUUUAACUGAGCCAUCAUUGAUUUUAUUGUUUACAUUUGUGCUUUUUGUACUUGGAAAUUUUACACAGUUUUAAUAAAAGUAAGCAUGUUUAUAUAUCUGACUCUUCAGAUGUAUAAACAGUAGGCCAUAUGUGUGAAAUAUUAAGAUUUUAUAAGAAGAAAUGGAAGAGCCACUGUGACAUAAUUUGGUGUUUUUUGUUGGUAAUGAUUUUUGAAUUGCUAGUUUAAAGCCAUCAUGUUUUCUUUGACCUAAUACUGACAAGUUAUUGCAGCAGGAGGAGAGGCGAUAAAUCAACCCACCCUCUCUGCAGGAAAUGCUUGAAUGUGAUUUAUAAAAUAGUGUAUUCUGAGAUCUGCUUGUAGUCUGGAGCAAAGUGCUUUGAUCAGGAAGAAGAAAUAGACGUGGAUCCUCAGGAUCUGAGGAAGUGCCAGUUUUUGGGAGAAAUCUUGAAUGUAAACACUACCCCUCCCAACCAGUUUUCCCCUCAGCUCCUCCUCUCCCCUCUCUGCUCCAGAAAGCCCCACCCACAAACACGCUCCUGCUCGCUCGUAUCGUUUCAAUUAAAUUCAGAUAUAAUGCAGAGAAAUACUUCAGAUAAUUACAAAUGGGGCCCAGUCAACGUGAAAGUAAAAAGCAUUGGUGCUACUGUAGAUGCCAACAGACUACCAGCAAACACAAUGUUUGCAGGACUUCUACAACUAGGAUAAAGUGACAAACUCCAGGACCCAAGCUAAACAGUUUAGCGGCGCUCAGACAAUUUUCCGUACUUUCUGGUUGGUUUCUACUGUCUGAUAUCGAAGCAUGCCAACUUUGUUUGGGCUCGUGAAUGACUCGGGGAAGCAUGGGCCGGCCUCACAACCAAUCAGGUCGGGGGAGGCAGAGAACGGCUUUGUUUACAGUCAGAAAGAGCGGGCCGCUCAAAACACAGCGAUAUCGUUAUAUUACCAAAUGUUAUCAAUAACUAAUAGCUGUUGACUGAUAUUAAAAGCUUUUUUGUAUAUACACCACAAAAAAAUGCUUCCUUAACAGAUUCCUGCCUACCCUACCUUUAAUACAGCCAUGUAUUUAACCUGCUGUUAUAACUAUAUCAUAAUAUAGAGUCCUGUAUAGAAAAUAGCUUGUUUUUUGUCGGUUUUUUUGCCAUGAAGGUUUCCACUUUAUACAGCAUAUUUACUUGUGGUUUAACCUGUGUUUUUUUUUUUUCCUACAGUUACCAAGCCUCCUGCCUGUGUCUAUGUAUUAGUUUUUCAUUACUGACUGAUUCACCGGCUGAUUUGACUUUCUGUCUGCAGAUGUAUAAUACAUUGCCAUGGCUGAUGAAGUGGUUGCCUGGAUCUCAAAGACAGUUUUUAGUGCUGGUACAAAAGAUCGUUAAGUUCAUCCAUGUCAAAAUCAAAGAACACAAAGAGAACUUUGACCCCUCCUCACCCAGAGACUACAUCGACUGCUUCCUGGCAGAGAUGGGAGAGGUAACACUUGUCAUCUGUGUAUGCUAUGUUUGUUCUCUUUCCCGUUUUUAAUGAAAUAUUUUAAGUAAGGCUUCUGUCUUUUGUUCGGUGUGUAGAAGGAGGACAAAGAUUCUGGUUUUGAUAUCGAGAAUUUGUGUUUUUGCACUUUUGACCUGUUUGGUGCUGGAACUGAAACGACUGCCACAACUUUAUACUGGGGACUGCUUUAUAUGAUCUAUUACCCUCAUAUACAAGGUUUGUGUUGGUGUGUAAGUUAUUUCUGCUCUAUCCUCUGCCCACCUAGUUUACCAGCGAAACAUCUAGUCUAAUAAUCUUAGUGUGAUCAUUUUCUCGCAGUUCAUGUAAAUGAAAAUGGUCUUUAAGGGUAAGAUUACAGACAAGUGCUUUUUAGGGUUUUUUCGCAACAUGCUACCAUUACAGGAGCACCAUAUGUGUGACCUGUAAACAAUGGCACUGGCAGAAGGAUCAGCUGUAUUUUGAUGCAGGUGUGUCAAAUGUUUUGAAGAAGAGUCACCCCUCAGUUGUCAAAUUACUCGUAUUGUCUGCUCUUUUCAUUGCACAGAAAAAGUCUGUGCUGAGAUAGAUACUGUUGUUGGCUCAUCCAGAGUGCCCUCUCUGAGUGACAGAGAAAACUUGCCCUAUACUAACGCAGUCAUCCAUGAAAUCCAGAGAAUGGCUAACAUCUUUCCUUUAAAUUUGGUCCGCACGGCAACCAGGGACACCACGCUUGACAAGUACACAAUCCCAAAGGUACAUGUUAGAGGAAAAAAAAGCUUCUGUGAGCUUUUUGCUUAUAAUUGGUCCAGUUCGCUUGUUGGUGUACUUCGAUUUCUUUUCUAUCAAGUCUCUGAAAUUCAGGUUCAGAUUUACUCAGUAUUUAGGAUGUGAGGUUUUAAUUGUCCUCUUUUUCACCUGUCACUUUUCUAUCAAGACAGACUCACUAGAAGAACUGCUAAACUGAAGAAAUCAGUGUAAUAAACUCUUUGUAAUGCGAUUUUUUCAGGGCACUAUGGUCAUGGCCACCCUGACUUCAGUUCUAAAUGAUGAGUCAAUGUGGGAAACGCCACACUCCUUCAACCCGCAACACUUUCUGGAUCAAGACGGCCAGUUUAGAAAGAGAGAGGCCUUUCUCCCUUUUUCAGCAGGUAAGUCAGUUUUACUGCCAUGGACUGCACAUGCAAACUGGAAGAAUGACGAAGUAAGCUUAAGCGACAAAAAGUCUUUGCACUAGAUUAACUUUUUUAUUCCAAAGCAGAGUUUGGCUUUACAUAAAUGUGCAGCACCACUCAUGGGAUUAUCUGUGUUUCCUCAGGGAAGCGUGUGUGUAUUGGGGAGCAGCUCGCCAGGAUGGAGUUAUUCCUGUUUUUUACCUCUCUUCUUCAGAGGUUUUCUUUCUCUCCUUGUGAUGGUGAGAAGCCCAGUCUGGAGUUCAAGUUAGGAGGCACUCGCAGUCCCAAGCCUUACCGCCUCUGUGCAGGCACGUUCGCUUAUGCCUUGGGCCGGCUCUGCUGA